GCUGCUGCUGCCGCUGCCGCUGCUCGCCGCGCCGGGAGCCGCAGCCUACAGCUUCCCCCAGCAGCACACGAUGCAGCACUGGGCCCGGCGCUUAGAGCAAGAGAUCGACGGUGUGAUGAGGAUCUUUGGAGGUGUCCAGCAGCUCCGUGAGAUCUACAAAGAGAACCGGAACCUGUUUGAGGUACAAGAGAACGAGCCUCAGAAGUUGGUGGAGAAGGUGGCCGGUGAUAUCGAGACCCUGCUGGACAGAAAGGUGCAGGCGCUGAAGAGACUGGCCGAUGCUGCAGAGAACUUCCAGAAAGCCCACCGCUGGCAGGACCACAUCAAGGAGGAAGACAUCACGUACUAUGACGCCAAGGCUGACGCGGAGCUGGAUGAUCCCGAGAGUGAGGAUAUGGACAGGGGAUCCAAGGCCAGCACCCUGAGGCUGGACUUCAUUGAGGACCCCAACUUCAAGAACAAGGUCAACUACUCCUACACAGCGGUGCAGAUCCCCACGGAUAUCUACAAAGGCUCCACCGUCAUCCUCAAUGAACUCAACUGGACCGAGGCCCUGGAGAACGUGUUCAUGGAGAAUCGCAGGCAAGACCCCACGCUGCUUUGGCAGGUCUUUGGCAGCGCCACGGGAGUCACCCGCUACUACCCCGCGACCCCAUGGCGAGCCCCCAAGAAGAUUGACCUGUAUGACGUCCGAAGGAGACCCUGGUACAUCCAGGGGGCCUCAUCGCCCAAGGACAUGGUCAUCAUCGUAGACGUGAGCGGCAGCGUGAGCGGCCUGACCCUGAAGCUGAUGAAGACGUCCGUCUGCGAGAUGCUGGACACGCUCUCUGACGACGACUACGUGAACGUGGCCUCGUUCAACGAGAAGGCACAGCCCGUGUCUUGCUUCACACACCUGGUUCAGGCCAACGUGCGUAACAAGAAGGUGUUCAAGGAAGCGGUGCAGGGCAUGGUGGCCAAGGGCACCACAGGCUACAAGGCCGGCUUCGAAUAUGCCUUUGACCAGCUGCAGAACUCCAACAUCACUCGUGCCAAUUGCAAUAAGAUGAUCAUGAUGUUCACCGACGGCGGAGAGGACCGCGUGCAGGACGUCUUUGAGAAGUACAACUGGCCCAACCGGACGGUACGCGUGUUCACAUUCUCUGUGGGGCAGCAUAACUACGACGUCACACCCCUGCAGUGGAUGGCCUGCACCAAUAAAGGUUACUAUUUCGAGAUCCCUUCCAUUGGAGCCAUCCGCAUCAACACGCAGGAAUAUCUGGACGUGUUGGGAAGGCCCAUGGUGCUGGCGGGCAAGGAGGCUAAGCAGGUGCAGUGGACCAACGUGUAUGAGGACGCGCUGGGACUGGGACUGGUGGUGACAGGGACCCUCCCAGUUUUCAACCUGACUCGAGACGGCCCCGGGGAAAAGAAGAACCAGCUAAUUCUGGGUGUGAUGGGCAUCGAUGUGGCUCUGAAUGACAUCAAGAGACUAACCCCCAACUACACACUCGGAGCCAACGGCUAUGUGUUCGCCAUCGACCCGAAUGGCUACGUGUUGCUGCACCCCAAUCUCAAGCCCCAGACCACCAAUUUCCGGGAGCCCGUCACUCUGGACUUCCUGGAUGCGGAGCUGGAGGAUGAGAAUAAGGAGGAGAUCCGUCGGAGCAUGAUCGAUGGCGACGAGGGCCACAAGCAGAUCAGAACAUUGGUCAAGUCCUUGGAUGAGAGGUACGUAGACGAGGUCAUUCGGAACUACACCUGGGUGCCUAUUAGGAGCACCAACUACAGCCUGGGGCUGGUGCUCCCACCCUACAGCACCUUCUACCUCCAAGCCAACCUCAGCGACCAGAUCCUACAGGUCAAGUAUUUUGAGUUCCUGCUCCCCAGCAGCUUUGAGUCUGAAGGACAUGUUUUCAUUGCUCCCAGAGAGUAUUGCAAGGACCUGAAUGCCUCCGACAACAACACCGAGUUCCUGAAGAACUUCAUUGAGCUCAUGGAGAAAGUGACUCCAGACUCCAAGCAGUGCAACAACUUCCUUUUGCACAACUUGAUCUUGGACACGGGCAUCACACAGCAGUUGGUGGAACGUGUGUGGCGGGACCAGGAUCUCAACACAUACAGCCUGCUGGCCGUGUUCGCCGCCACCGACGGUGGCAUCACACGUGUCUUCCCCAACAAGGCAGCUGAAGACUGGACGGAGAACCCUGAACCCUUCGAUGCCAGCUUCUACCGCCGCAGCCUGGAUAAUCACGGUUAUAUCUUCAAGCCCCCACACCAAGAUGCCCUGUUAAGGCCUCUGGAACUGGAGAACAGCACAGUGGGUCUCCUCGUCAGCACAGCCGUGGAGCUCAGCCUAGGCCGACGUACCCUGAGGCCAGCAGUGGUGGGUGUCAAGCUAGACCUAGAAGCUUGGGCCGAGAAGUUCAAGGUGCUUGCCAGCAAUCGUACCCACCAGGACCAGCCUCAGAAGCAGUGUGGUCCCAACAGCCACUGCGAGAUGGACUGCGACGUGAAUAAUGAGGACCUACUCUGUGUCCUCAUUGACGAUGGAGGGUUCCUGGUGCUGUCAAACCAGAACCAUCAGUGGGACCAGGUUGGCAGGUUCUUCAGCGAAGUGGACGCCAACCUGAUGCUGGCACUCUACAACAACUCCUUCUACACCCGCAAAGAGUCCUACGACUAUCAGGCAGCUUGUGCCCCUCAGCCCCCUGGCAACCUGGGAGCCGCACCCCGGGGUGUUUUUGUGCCCACCAUUGCAGACUUCCUUAACCUGGCUUGGUGGACCUCUGCUGCGGCCUGGUCCUUGUUCCAGCAGCUUCUCUACCGUCUCCUCUACCACAGCUGGUUCCAGGCAGACCCGGCAGAGGCUGAGGGGAGCCCCGAGGCGCGAGAGAGCAGCUGCGUCAUGAAACAGACCCAGUACUACUUUGGUUCGGUGAACGCCUCCUACAACGCCAUCAUCGACUGCGGGAACUGCUCCAGGCUGUUCCAUGCUCAGAGGCUGACCAACACCAACCUUCUGUUCGUGGUGGCGGAGAAGCCGCUGUGCAGCCAGUGUGAGGCUGGCCGGCUACUGCAGAAAGAAACACACUCGGACGGCCCGGAGCAGUGUGAGCUGGUGCAGAGACCGCGAUACAGGAGAGGACCUCACAUCUGCUUCGACUACAAUGCGACGGAAGAUACCUCAGACUGUGGCCGAGGCGCUUCCUUCCCACCCUCGCUGGGCGUCCUGGUGUCCCUGCAGCUGCUGCUUCUCCUAGGCCUGCCGCCCCGGCCACAGCCUCAAGUCCACGCCCUUCCUCCUUCUCCCCGCCUCUGAACAUCCCACCUUGGGGCCCCCCACCCCCAUCCUGGCCUCCCUCACCUCUCCUCCUUCCUGCCACCCCACAUCAUCCACCUUAGAGAUUUGCUCUUCCUCAACUGAAGGACCUGAGCCCUGGGAGCCUAUGCCCAAAGCAGGGUGCCACAUUCUUUGGCACCCGAGACAUGACUCACCCCUGAACCAUGUAAGUGUCCCUAGGCCCUGGACACCUGUACUGGUGCCAAAUCAGGCCUCUGCUGCCCAUGCUGCCUGGAGGCUUCCUCUGCAAAGGUGACCUUGUCUCAGUUGGACACGUCCAGUCUGGCCCUCUCUACCGUAGUUUCCCUGGGUAGGAUAGAGGAAGAGAUGGUAGUUUGAGGCCUGUGCAUCCUAACUGAAAUCCUGGUGGGAGAGAUGUUCUUGGGGUGGGGGUGGGGGGGAACAGUCUUCUAU